AUGGACUCUAUCGUUGGUCAAAUUCGGUCUCUGGCAGAAUCGGCCGAUGCCGUCGGCCGAAACCAGAUCCUCAAUACUCUUCGAGACCUCCAAUAUGACCUUGAGACCCCGAUGGACACAUAUAUGAAGUUCGUUAACUCGAAUAUCCAACUUGCCAUGGUCUAUGUUGGGGUCGAACUUGGUCUGUUCAAAGAGCUGGUCAAGGCGGAGGAGAAGACCCUCACUCUCGACGACCUGGUCAAGCAGUCUAGUGCCUCUCCAGACUUGCUCGAAAGAAUUCUCCGAUAUCUUUCGUCAACCGGCUUGAUGCUGAAUGUUGGCCCAAAUCAAUUCCAAGCAAACAGAAUCACCCAUCUCCUAGCAGAUCCGCUAGCGGAUGCCGGAAUUUGCUAUGCAUUCGAUGCCUAUGGCCCAGCCGUUCAAGCAUGUCCAUCAUUCCUGGCAGAGACACACUACCGCGACUUCGCCGUUGAUAACAAGGCUUCAUUUCAAAAGGGCCACAAUACCGAACUCGGCUCAUUCCAAUGGAUGAUCAAUCAUCCAAAGUUGUUCAAUGGGUUGCAGAAGAUGAUGACGGCUUUGCAGUCGAGCAAUUGGGUGGUGGGAUUCGAUUUACUUGAUCAGGAGGCCCGUACAGUCCAGCGAGAUGAUUCACCGACGCUCGAAAAGCCCUUUUUGGUCGACGUUGGAGGUGGCCACGGCCAUCAAUGCAAGCAACUUCUAGAGAAAUAUCCGAAUCUGCAUGGAAGCAUCGUGCUCCAGGAUCUGCCUCAGGCCGUGGAGGGGUUACCUCCUAUGGACGGCGUGAGGGCCAUGGCACAGGAUUUCUUCGAGAAACAAACCAUCAAGGGCGCCAAAUUUUAUUACCUCCGCCGAAUUUUCCACGACUGGGGGGAUGCCGACUGCCUGAAAAUCUUGAAGAAUCUGGCCGUGGCCAUGAACAGCAAUUCUCGCAUUCUGAUCGACGAGGUCAUUCUUCCGGACGUCAACGCCCACUGGCAAGCCGCCGUGGGCGACAUAUCCAUGGGAAUUAUGAUCGGCGGCAAGGAACGGACAAAAAGGCAGUGGGAGGCACUCAUCGCGCAGUCGGGAUUGCGUCUUUCACACAUCCAUUCGUAUAACGCCAUACAGUGCAAUUCGGUCAUCGUCCUGGAGUUGCAAUAG